GCCUUCGUUCUGAAUACAAACACCAUCGGGAUGAACUAUAUUAAUGAAUUCAGCACGAACCGCCACUCCCAGUCUCUGAAAAGCACUCCAGGUCGACACUCAGAUCUUUGUUUCGACGAUGGAAACCUCGUGCUCCUGACCGGACCAUCCUAUUUCCUCGUGCACCAAGGCCUUCUCGCUCGACGUUCAGAAGUCAUGGAAAAACUAAUUCAUUCCAUCGAUAGCGAUACAGCAGAUCGCCUUGAAGGCCGACUUGUCCUGGCGCUUUCAGACUCGUCCGAAGACAUGGCUUACUUCAUACAAGCCUUGUACGAUGGAAUGUGAGUGCUCAUAUAUUGUUACAGCACUGAGAACUAUAUAUUAUAUGAAGCUCUUUCUUAUCUUAUGACGCGGAUGGCUUUGCUGUGGUCUCUGGCCUACUUCGCCUCCUGACCAAGUACAAGGUACAUCAUCUUAGACACGACAUUCUACGCUGUCUUUCUGCUUACUGGCCCACGACCCUAUCUCAAUGGGAAACACGAGAGAACAAAGCAACAGACAUGGAAGGCACUUAUGCACCUCGGCGUGCUCUCCCUCACCCAAUUGAAAUCAUACUACUAGCCCGCGAAAUUGAUGCACCUGCCCUCCUUCCUUCGGCCAUGUACGACCUGUCACGCUAUACACCAAGUCAAGCCGCUUUGGGGUGCACAUCCUCACAAACCGGCGCUAUACUAAGGUUAGGCGAUGACGACCUGCUCAACAUGCUAAGAGGACGCGAACAUGCUUCCCGGUUCUUUUCCACCUUUAUCGUCAACGAGCUCGAGGGAAGAGAGCCGUCGCUAUGGUGUCUACAUCGUAAGGAAGAGAAGCCAAUCGACAGACGGGCGUGCCAGAUCGCAUUCGAGACAAUCACGUUUGAACUGCUCCGGGACGUCAAUGGUGUCGUGAACAAUCGUACUUCGGAUCCUCUGUAUGCCAUUUCUGACGCUGAGCUCCUACAAACCAAAGAAGACAUGCCUGGUGGCGACAAUGUUCCGACAAUGCGGACAUGCGAACCAUGCAGGUCCGAGUUCGGUACAGUGGUGGACACAGCAAAGGAAGAAUUCUGGCGGAAAUUACCUGUCUGGUUCUGUGUCGACGUUCCUACGUGGGGGUAAACAUGCUCAAGGAACGCAUUUUUCAUUUCAUCUUGUAUUCUCUCGUCCUGUCCAAACAUUGUUCUUGUAUUAGUAUUUUU